AUGAAUAACAGCAGGAGGACACUCCUAAGGAUACACAGCCUUCUAACCGACAAAAGGAUUUAUGAGGCUAUCAGCAAAAAUGUUUCUGGAUCCAGGCAAGACAGUACCCUCAACGUUAUCGGCAACACUUGCUUGAUUGCAUCCGCCAUUCUCAAAACAUUUGGGUAUCUAAUCGAAACCAACAAACUAAUAAGGAUCCAGCGGUUAUUAAAACUAAUAAAUUACAAUAUAUCUUUGGUAAUGAGUCGGGCGUUUCUGCUCAAUCAAUGGGGCUCAGCAACCAAACCAACAAAUACAAACAUAACAGGCGCUGUCAACUCGCAGUACAUCAUUAACAAAUACAUCAUCAAUACCCCAUAUCAAAUAGAAUUGAGCAACUUAUACAAAGACAACGUGCGCCUUUCCCGAGGAAUCUUUGAAUAUGCAACCAUUCUUAGAAAACACUACUCAUAUAUUUCCAGCUACAGAUCCUUUAGUGGUAUUUACACCAGUGUUAGCUAUAUACCAGACAUUUUGACAAGGCUCGAGAGGUUGCCUUCUAAAUUAACAGAAUUACGCUUUGAACUUUGCCUGGGUUCUACAAAUAAGUCUCAUUUGUUGAAAUCAAUUUCGCUAGACACGAUAGAUCAAAUCCAAUUGGUCAAUAAUUUCUUGUCUCGAUUAUUUACCGAUUGUGCGGUAAUUGGUGGUCACAGCCUUAUUGGAAUUUUAGCAAGGAACUCGAGCUUUUGCUGGCACUGGGCUUCCAAGUUUUGGUUUGCCAAUAUCGCUUUGAGCAUUAUCAAAUAUUUUAUUGAGCAUGAGACGUUAUCCUCUACGGAAUUUCGGAAAAUUUCUCCAGGAGUGGACAGGAUUUUUUUGUUUUUCGGUGAUAAUAAAGAUAAUAUCGUGAAGUUGUUCUUGGCAUACCAUUGGGGGUUUGAUUGGUCAUUCUUGAAUGAUUAUCAAUUGAGUUUAUUGAAUUUCAAUAGUGCGCUUCCUGCCUUUAUGUCCAAUUGGAAAGAAGUUUUUGAUAUUAUUAAGCAGGAUCUGUCUACCAGUUGUUGA